AUGUCGACUGAGGAUCGGAAUGCAGUUGCGAUGAUGAUAUCUGACAAUGGUGUUCAUUUCGAUUCCGACUUUCCAGCGCCGCCAGGGGAAGAAGGAAUGGAUCUCAGCUACGAGGGUGGUGAGCAUGAGGAAUUCGCUGAUCUAUCACAACAAGUGGCAUUGUUAUCAGGAUGUCGCUAUGUGGACCCUCGAACCCGUCAUGAUCGCAUCGAGAUCUCAACCGGAAAUUGGAAUAAUCAACUCGACGUCCUUGUUGACACAUAUUUGGAUUAUCGUGCUCGCGAUGAAGGUAAUGGCAUGCCGAGUAUUCCAGACCCUGUCGUGAUGUCUGAUGGACGUAAUUGUCUCUCGCUUGCUGACAUUGAACUAGUUGAUAUAUUUGGUCGACAGAGAACAACAUUACAGCCACGACCAUCGCACAUGUAUCCGAACGAAACCUUGAUUUAUCACGGUUAUCUAGGCUGCUCUCCUCUGUACCCAUCGGUUGCCAUCUCCCUCCGCACUCUGGCAGCAUACCGCCAGUCUCACCGAACCUGCCCACGAUUUAGCAUUCAAGCCCAAUGCAAAACACUCUGCCACCUUCAUGAUGUGCCUUAUCGCCCAUAUUUAAACACCCAGUUCUCUGCUGCUUACGACGUCUACCUCGAGAUUCUAUAUCGUGUAAAGCGUCGCCUAGACGAAGCUCUCGGCCGAACAGCCCCAAACUGGCGACUUCAGAAUGCAUGUCCCUGUUGCUUCUAUAAAUUGGAAGGCGAGCGCCCACUUGCGUUUGAUUGGCUCGCAACUGUAGAUGGCAACAACAGCCUCAAAAGAUGGGCGUCAUCAACUUACGGAACAGCCGCACGGGAAGACUCAAGGCAGCCACGUUCGGAUUACUGGGUUGACCGAAUAGCCGUCGAUAAAUUUCAGCAUGAUGUGAGGGCGCCAACAUCUGGAACCUUGAACCGUGCAAGGCUUGAUGACUGGGAGGAUGUUGGGCACGAGACCCAAGGUUCCGAAUUUAACUGCACGGACAGGUGGAGGAACGCUGGCCCAGACCAACAUAAAAAAAUGUUUGCAGUGUUUGAGGAAUCAGGCAUCUUUAUUGCGGCGUGUCGGCACCGCUUCGUCCUUCUCGCUUGCGAUAUGGUACGAAGCGGUGAAUUGGCAAAGUACCCAUUAGCUCUGCUCGAUCGCCUGAUGUCGGUCUUGGGGGAAAAGGGGGGCUGCGCAUAUGACAUUGGAUGUGUGUUUGCCAAGACAAUGGCAAACAGCAGUUUGGGACGACGUGCACAUGCCCUCAACCUGCGAAUGAUGUUAGACUGGCACCCCAUGUAUAUUGAUGGGACAGGUCAUACGGAAGGUGAGGGGUGUGAGCAUGUGUUCUCAGCCUCGAACGAACUUGCGCGGAGUACUAGGCAUGCGUCCGUAUUCCACCGCCACCAGACCAUUGAAGAACACUUCGCAUUCUGGGACGCGGAUAAAUAUGCCGCAUUAAGCAAUUUCUUACGGAAUCAUUAUCGAGAAGCACUAACUUCGAUCCACACCCUUACAGCUGAACUUUCGGUCCUGACAGACAAUCUUGGCUUGACGGAUGCUGAUUUCAUUCGAUUUCACUCUGAAGAACAAUUAUAUCUGGACAGCCUCAAGACUCCACCUCCAAAAGAACUCCUUCAGAUCCGCUACGUCGAAGUCCUCGACGAAUUAGCGGAGCGACGCUCGGAUUGGGAAUUAGCCCGAGAAGCCGGCAAUCAGGCGUUAACGACAAUUCCAGUUGGCGACCUUAACCAGAUUUCGGCUGCUCUUUCUCAGGCUAGAAUUCGCGUUGACUCUGCAUAUGCCAAACUACAGAAUGCGGAAGCACUUACCGCUCAUGUGGAGAUGCAACUUCAAGUUGAAGAACGGUGGGCGAUCGGGGAUGAUACUUACAAUAAGUACAAGCAAGAAACAUCCCUGCGCCGAUAUCGUGUUGCAUUAGAUGAACUUGAGCGUUUAGUUGUCAUGCGCUUGUUCGAACUUUCAAAGCUUUCGCUUUCAGGCACAGGCUACAAAUUACGUCAUCAACUCGGAAAGGCUUUGCAACGACGCUCUGAAGCAAUUCGAAAUGCACUGAGCCGUUACAACGUACAAGCAGCUGCACUAUCUCCCCCACGUCCGUCUUUGUCUUGGAAAGACAUCACAGAAUAUACCUUCCUGGGCGAGUUCGAUUUACUCCGCCAGUCUCGCGCUGAUAUUCGUGAACUAGACUGGGCAAAGCCUGCUCAUCGGGAGGCGACUGUCAAAUAUUUUAAGCUGCGCCGUGCGCACGAGGAGAUUGAGCGUCUCAAUGUAGAGGUUAGGCGCCUUCGCACAUCAAUUCAUGAUGAGGAAGCAAAAACAACCGCCGUCAUUAACGAGCUUUUCGUCUCUAAUCCUCUGCUAAGUCUUGAGCUACAAAGGCAAUGGAAAUCACGGACUGGUGUCAAUGCCAUACAUGCCUUCCGGCUGGAUCAAAUUGAACUUCAACAAGGUUUUUCAGGUACUCGAGGUAUCGGUGUCAAGAUUGGCGCUAUCAUCAACGAGCCCCAUUCUGUCCCAGAACGGGCUAGAAGUCACCUGAAAGAAGCUGAAGCAGCUCGUGAUAUAAUCUCUUCUGAGUAUGGUGAUGAGGAUGUGCUGGAGCAUGAGGAACAACUGCAAGUUAUGCAGGAUGUCGCUGAUUUCAUAGCGUCUAUUGUUGAUUGA